AUGCUAUUUCAAGUGUCAUCAAACUCAUCAGCACAAAAACAAGAAUAUCCAAUAAAUAUUUUUCUAGAAUCAACAGCCUCAUCAAUAGUUUAUGGAUGUCCUGGUAUUAGUAGAAGUAUACCAAGAAUAGAAGCAAAUAUUCAAAUUAGAUCAAGCAAUGGAUCACCCUUUUUAAUACGUUCAGUCUCUAUAGUUUUAUUGACCAGACAAAAAGUUACAGUACCCACAAAAUUUGGAUCAAAUGAUGCUUUUAAAGAAUUUAAGAUUUUUGAAGAUCCAUUAGCUUUUAAACCAAUAAAUGGAUUUAGUGAGAAAGUUUUGGGGUUAGAUUUACCUAUUUUGAUACCUAUUCCCCGUGACGUUAUAUCAUCUGGAUGUCUGACGACUUUUGGCUCAAUUACAACACAUUAUUUAACUGUGAAGGUGACAACUGGAGAAAGUAGCACUACCGAAGUUUCUUAUAUGGAAAUGUUUCCUGUUGUUAUUAAAUUAUAUGAUACAUUACCUUUAUAUCGACAAUUUAACGAACCAGUUGUUGAAUUAAGAAAUUCUCCUGAUAAUCAAGUUAUAGCAGAAGUUACAAUACCAAAUAGUUCAAUAGGUCCUGGAGAUCAAUUAAAUCUUAUAUGUAAACUAAUGACAAAUUCAUCCAACAACAAAGUCAAAAAGCACCUUUCACUAAAGCAACAAACUUUUCAAGUUAAAGAAUACCUUGAAUGUUAUGAUGGCGGUUUACCACCAGUUAGAGAGAAUAAAAUUUAUUCAACUACGACACAUUCAAAUCAAGAACUAAAUACUCAGGGAACAACGACAACUUUUACAUUCCCAUUCCCAACAGAUCAUGAUUUUCUAGAUAUAUAUCGACAAGAAGAACCGUCAAUAAACUCACAAGAAGUUACUUAUGACUAUGAUACAACAAUAAUAGAGCCAACAAAUGUAUCAAAUCAAAAAUUAAUGGAAAAAUUAGUAGAAGGAUUACCAAUAACCCACAUUCAAAGUUUCACAACCCAAGGUAGAUUUUUCUCAAUAAAAUUUGAAAUCAUAAUUAAAUUAAAAUUCUCAAAAUCAAAAGAUUUCGAUAUAAAAUUUCCUAUAACAAUAUGUCCAUUCAAUCGUCAAUCAAGCGAAUUCUUAUUACAAUGGAUAAUUCAUGAAUGUGAAGUUGCGAAAGCAAGAUUUGGUAAGCAAUUUAUUGAUCAAUUUUUUGCAUCAAGAAAUUAUAAUGAUAUUUGUUCUUUGAUGAGUAGAUAUAAAUCCCCCCCUAUAGUUUAUAGAUAUUGUAAAGAAGACUGGAUUAGAUUGGGUUAUGAUGGAGAUAGUUUUGGAGACUCAAGAAGUAAAAAUAUAGUUCUGUUUAUAGAUUAA